AUGGCAGAAAAAAAGGAGUUCAUGGUCGAUCUCUCGCCGGUGGAGAGCCAACUGCCGUCGACUGGCCGAAUACAGUAUGCCGUCGACCUAGAUCCGCGAGGAGAACAGCGCGUCGAACGCGGCGGACACGCGCGAUAUACACGUUCGCGCUCUCGAGACGCCAUAUCUAUUCGCUCCGCAAGAAGAAGCGUGGAUCCCGCCCUCGUUCUACCCCCCACAUAUCGCACGGUAUCGUUUGGGAUCGACGAGAACAACCGUCAAAGUCUCGCAAAAGUUGCAAAAAAGGAUGGCAAGCAGCAGACGCCGGAAAUCUCCUUCGGCGCCCUGGACUAUCACACUGCCUCCGUCGAAGAUCUUUAUACUCGCUUUUCCAGCUCUCGCAACAUUGGCCUUUCAAGCGCUCGUGUCACCCAGCAAUUGAACACGGUUGGCCGCAACAUUCCUUCCCCUCCUCCGUCACAAUGGUUUCGCAAGAUCAUCGGCUAUCUCUACGGUGGUUUCGGGGCGAUUCUUUUCGUCGCGGCGAUAUUGGUCUUCGUGUCUUGGAAGCCUUUGGGCCAACCAGCCUCCAUUGACAACCUUGCCCUGGCUAUUGUACUUGUCAUCGUUUGGAUCGCCCAAGCCGCUUUCUCAUUCUGGCAAGACUUUUCGACCUCGCGCGUCAUGGCUUCCAUCACCGGUAUGCUUCCGGACCGCUGCUUCGUUCUGCGGGAAGGCUCUCUACAAGAAAUCGACGGUCGCGAUAUCGUGCCCGGAGACGUCCUGCGUAUCACACUCGGCAACAAGCUGCCGGCAGAUGUUCGAUUUGUGGAGGUGUCUACCGACGCCAGGUUUGAUCGAUCCAUUCUUACCGGAGAGACUGUGCCUUUGCUAGGCUCUGUGCAGUCGACGGACGACAAUUACCUUGAGACCGCUUGCAUCGGCAUGGCUGGUACCCAUUGCGUGUCUGGAAGUGCCUGGGGACUAGUCGUGGACACUGGCGAUCGCACAAUCUUUGGCCGCAUCGCAAAACUCACCAGCACGCCGAAACAGGGAUUGACGCCGCUGCAGAAGGAGAUUCUGUACUUUGUCCUCUUCAUCUGCUCUCUCAUGCUGGUCUUCAUCAUCGUCGUCAUCGCCGUCUGGGCUGGCUGGCUGCGCAAAGAACACCCUGGCUGGAUCAGCGUUGCUGGCUUGAUCGUGGACUGUGUCAGCGUAGCGGUCGCUUUCAUACCCGAGGGUUUGCCGAUUGCAGUGGUGGCUUCACUAAGCAUCACUGCUUCUAUCAUGAAACGCAACAAAAUCCUCUGCAAAAGUCUGAAGACGGUCGAAACUCUCGGAGCCGUCAACGUCAUCUGCUCCGACAAGACCGGAACACUUACGAGGAACCAAAUGUCGGUGACAGAGUAUGUUGUCGGAAAGGAACCUACACCGGCUACCAAAGCUGGAGGGCUGUACGACGGCGCUGAAUCCGAAGGACUUCGAAAUCUCGCCAUCCUGAGCUCCGUCUGUAACGAAGCGGAAUUCGAUGCUGCUACGAUGAACGAACCCAUUCCGCAGCGCAAAGUCAAUGGCGAUGCGACCGACAGCGCCAUCUUACGAUUUGCGGAAUCCAUGGUGUCUGUGUCGAGCGUUCGUGCUGCGUGGCAGACGAUCUUCAAGGUCGCUUUCAACAGCAAGAACAAGUUCGCCAUCACUGUCGCAGAAUCGCGAAAUGAAGCGUCCAAGAAGAUCUUGAUGAUCAAGGGCGCGCCAGACAUCCUGCUUCCUCGAUGUGGAUCGUCCAUGGAUGCCGGAGGCCAGAUUUACCGUCUCAAUGAGAGUAGCAGAAGAUCACUGGAAAACUUGAAGGACUCCUGGUCAUCCCAGGGCAAACGAGUCAUCUUGCUUGCCCAGAAAAGCGCGGACAACGUACAAUCCAACUCAGCCUCUGAGCCUCGCGAAUACGAAAACGAGAUCCUCGAGUCUGCGAAGAGCGAGCUUGUCUUGGUCGGCUUGGUCGCCAUUGUCGACCCUCCGAGACCUGAAAUCCCCGAAGUCGUCCGCAUUCUUCGCGGCGCAGGCAUCAAAAUCUUCAUGGUCACUGGCGACUUUAAAUUGACGGCUGCCGCCAUCGCUGCUGAGUGUGGUAUCAUCACACGCGAUCCAAGGCACGUGGACGACAUAUGCAACCUUUCCUUUGAAGAUGACGACCUCGAAAGCGCAGGACUCGACGAAGAAAAGAGGUUCAGUGAAGAUCGGAUCCGCUCUCUGGUCCUCAGUGGGUCUGAACUCGAGACGUUGGACGACAGUCAGUGGGACAAGGUCGUGCAGUACGACGAAAUCGUCUUCGCCCGUACCACUCCCGACCAGAAGUUGCGCAUCGUCAAGGAGCUCCAAAAGCGCGAAAUGACGGUCGGGAUGACGGGAGAUGGCGUCAACGAUGCUCCCAGUCUCAAACAAGCUGACAUUGGUAUCGCCAUGGGCUCUGGCAGCGACGUGGCGAUUGAGGCAGCCGACAUGGUCCUUCUCGACUCUUUCGCUGGCAUCGUCGAGGCUGUCCGCUACGGCCGAGUCGUCUUUGAGAAUCUCAAGAAGACCGUCAUCUACCUCCUGCCUGCUGGAUCUUUCUCUGAGUUCUGGCCAGUACUCACGAAUGUCGUGUUCGGCCUACCGCAGGUUCUGUCCAGCUUCAACAUGAUCGUCGUCUGCUGUCUAACAGAUUGUGCCGCUGCCAUCGCACUGGCAUACGAGAAGCCAGAGGCUGAUGUGCUGCUACGCAAGCCGCGGAAUGCGAAGAAAGACCGUCUGGUGGACUGGAAAUUGAUCCUGCAAGCUUAUGGCUUUUUGGGCUUGAUCGAGGCUACGUCUUCGUUUGCCAUGAGUUACUGGUAUGCUCAACGCGCUGGAGUGCCCUUCUCCACCCUCUGGUUCGGCUUUGGAGCGAUACCGGCCGGUGUAUCGCAGGCGCAGUACUAUCACGUCCUGAACGUCGCCAGUUCGAUCUAUUUCGUCAACUUGGUUGUGAUGCAAUGGUUUAACCUCUUCGCCGUGCGCGUCCGAAGAAUCUCGGUCUUCACGCACAAGAUGAACUGGUACCUCCUUCCCGCCAUCUGCUUCGCCCUUGUCAUUGCAAUCUUCUUCACGUACGUGCCGAAAUUCCACGCCGUUCUGAACACGGCAGUGAUUCCGGCGGAGUACUGGUUUCUUCCGAUGGCUUUCGGAAUGGGACUGUUGUUAUUGGACGAGGGGCGCAAGCUUCUGGUGCGCAAGUUCCCUAAGAGCUUCUUGGCCAAGCUGGCAUGGUGA